UACGAUCUUUAUAUUGAGUUCGUUAAGUUACGAUCUUUAUAUUGAGUUCGUUCAGUUACGAUCUUUAUAUUGAGUUUGUUAAGCUACGAUCUUUAUAUUGAGUUCGUUAAGUUAUGAUUUUUAUAUUGAGUUCGUUCAGUUACGAUCUUUAUAUUGAGUUCGUUCAGUUACGAUCUUUAUAUUGAGUUUAAGUUACGAUCUUUAUAUUGAGUUUAAGUUACGAUCUUUAUAUUGAGUUUGUUCAGUUACGAUCUUUAUAUGGGUUGGAUUCUUAGUAUCGUUACGUUACGUGGCAUCUUUUCUCCGUGCUCAAACUAAACUCUGAACACGUUUUUUCUGAUUUCUGAAGAUUAUUAUUUGUAUUGUAUACAUUUUUUUUGUAUACAUUUUUUAUUUUGAAGAAGUUGGUAUGGUGUGUAGUUGUGAUUGUUUCAUAUCUGUGCGCUCACUUUGACACUAACUUCAGUUUCUUCUCUUGUUUUAAAAAAAGAUCUUAGUCUCCAAACAGAAACAUAUUUCAGAGAAGUUUAAAUGCUAACGUUUGUUAGCUUCCAGCUGCAGUCUAAUGAUGUCAUCAUGUGACAUCAUGUGACCUCAUCAGUGACCGAGUGCCUUUGAGGGCAUUUUGAUUUUUCUCCGCCCCAUCCUCGGUAUUUAUUGGAUUAUUUAUAUGUAACUUCUGAUACUGUGUGUAGUGGUAGCUCUGUUUGUACACACGCACCCUGCAGGGCUGUCGGUGUAAAUACAGUGUACAGUGAAAGGUCAACAUCCUGUAAGAAUUAAAGCUCCUCUGCACAAACACUCAGUCUUUUUUGAUUCUUUCGAGGUUUUUGAGCCUCUUCUAGCUCCUUGUUUUUGUUCGUAGCAACAUCGUGCUAUGCUGUGAUCUUCUCUGACUCGUCCCAUGUCGUGUCCUCGUCUGUAUGUCAAUAUUUGAACUGUGGUUAACCAUCAAUCAUCUGGAUCUCGGUCCUCCAUUUCACCUGGAACAGACAGCGAUCAUGUUCACAGGAGACACAGACACACACAUGAUGUCAUCAUUAGCUCUCACCUGGACUUUCACCUGUCUGCUCACCUGCUCUGCACUGGUCCAAAGUUCAGUGUUUCUGGAUCGGUCGUCUGCAGGUCAGAUUCUCCGCUCAGCCUCCAGGAACCGCCGAGCCAACUCCUUCUUCAUGGAGGAGAUGUUACCAGGAGACCUAGAGAGGGAGUGCUACGAGGAGAGCUGCUCGCAGGAGGAGGCAGCCGAGAUCUUCCACACCAGAGAGAAGACGCUGGAGUUCUGGUACAAAUACAUCAAUCUGAACCCCUGUCGAACAAACCCGUGUCUAAACGGAGGGAUGUGUACCCUAGACCGAGGAGACUUCCUAUGUCUAUGUCCUCCACAGUACCACGGCAAGACCUGCGAAUCAGUUGUGUUGCAGUGUCGCUAUAGAAAUGGUGGCUGUAUACAGUACUGCAGAGACCUGCUGGAUGGAGCUGGAGUUCAGUGUGGCUGCGCUGAAGGAUUCAACCUGGAGCCUGAUGGAUACAGCUGCUCCAAGACAGUAUCGUACCCGUGCGGCCGACAGGACAGUGAGCUGAUGUUUGGAGGUCGUUCUCUGUGGAGUGACCCUGAGGAGGUAAAUGUUUCCAUGGAGACGGGCGCCAUGUUGGAUGAGAACAGCACCAUCAGCUGGGUCCCUAAACUCAACUUCACAAAGGAGGAGGAGGAGGAGGCAGUGAAUGCAUCAUCUGCACUGAGAGGAGCGAAUGAGACGGAUCUGAGGGAGGGGGGAGAGGAGGUGGGGUUGAUGCCUCGUAUUGUGGGUGGAGUCUUGGAGAGACGGGGGGGGAGUCCCUGGCAGGUAUUGGUCCACAGGUCUGAUGGUUAUGGUUUUUGUGGUGGGACUCUGGUUUCUGACCGAUGGGUGAUCUCUGCUGCUCACUGUCUGGAACAGACUGCAGACCACGUUACCAUAGGAGACUUUGACAAGCAACGUCCUGAUCCAGGUGAGCAGUUCAUAAAGGUUCAGAAGGUCUUUGUCCAUCCUCACUUCCACUCGUUCACCUUUGACAGCGACAUUGCUCUGCUCUAUCUUGCUCGGCCCGUCGUCAGGGGCUCUACCGCCGUCCCCGCCUGCCUUCCUGACCCCCACCUCUCCAAAUACCUGCUGGAGGAGGGUAAUCGUGGCGUGGUGACGGGUUGGGGCCUCACUCGGUUCUUGGGCAAGUCCUCCAGGUUUCUCAGGAAGGUGACGCUCCCGGUGGUCAGCUACAAAGACUGCACUGCGACCACUGAACAGGUGAUCACAGACAACAUGUUCUGUGCGGGUUACCUGGAGACCAGCAUGGACGCCUGCAGCGGGGACAGUGGGGGGCCGUUCGUUGUGAACUACAGGGGGACCUGGUUCUUGAGCGGGGUGGUCAGCUGGGGGGAGAAAUGUGCCGAUAAGGGAAAGUAUGGAGUCUACACCCGACUGGGGAACUUCCUGCAAUGGAUCCAGGACACCAUGGGAAGAUCGGCCUGAUACUGUUUCCCAUCUGAGCUGCAUGUUCACAGCUGGAGGACUACUAGGACCCUGAACUACAGGACUCAUCCUCUGCUCAGACUCUGGUCCAGGUCCUGCAGUAAAAUCCUUCAGUUAAAGUAGCAUCAGGAAAAGUUUCAAAAGAAGUCCACAGUCCUCUUCCUAAAUGAUGCCCUGCUUAUGCCACUUUAUAUUUUUGGUUUAAAAUGUUUCUACCUGCACUGUUGUUCAUUUCCUGCCUUUGAAUUCCCCCCGGGACAAAUCAAGUUUUUUGAAUUUGAAUUUAGAAAACGUUACAUUGGGACUGUUAAGAUUUGUAGUUUGAACUUUAAACUGAAAUAAAAGUAUGAAAGAUCAAUAUUUUUGAUCAUGAA